UGCGGGGGACACCCGGCCCGGCCGGAGCCGCCCUCUCGCUUGCAGGCCGGCCGGGAGGCCGAGCUCGGCCUUCGGACGGGUGGUCGUGGUCGAGGUGUUUCUGCUGUUCACUUCUCUGUCCCGUCUUUGUACGUACAGGCUCGAAGAAGAAGGGGUUUAGGUAAAGUCGUGCUCAGCAAAAAUGGGGCAAUAGCUAAAGCAGCUCUGAGGAGUCUGAUUGUGUGCCUUUCUGCCUUGCGCUGUGGAGCCAACAGAGGAAGAUGCGUGUUUUUAUCCUUGUGCAACGCCGGUCUAACUACUGAGCAGAGCGAUGUGCUGAAGUUGGAGAUCCUGACAAAAUGGGAGCACUUGUGUUCUCUGCGACCUGCAGUUUACUUCUAGCUCUGGUGCAAGGGCACAGCUUAUUCACAUGUGAGCCAAUUACUAUUUCCAGAUGUUCAGGAAUGCCUUACAAUAUGACUUUUUUCCCAAACAUCAUGGGACACUAUGAUCAGGACACGGCUGCUCGCAAAAUGGACCCUUUCCUUAUUCUUAUGAAUCUUCACUGUUCACCAGACGUCCAGACAUUUCUGUGCAGAGCCUUUGUCCCAGCCUGCCUAGAUCAGAUUCACGUGAUUCACCCGUGCCGAAGCCUCUGUGAGAAAGUGUAUUCUGACUGUAAGCACUUGAUGGACACUUUUGGAAUUGCAUGGCCUGAAGAGCUGGAAUGUACCAGACUAAUCAAUUGUGAUGAGACUGCUCCUGCCACUGCUGCUGUAACCACAAACGUACAUGGAACUCAGAAGACCCCAAGCCAGAUCCGAAGGGAUUAUGGAUUCUGGUGUCCCCGACACCUACACACCACCAAUGGACAAGGCUACAAGUUCCUAGGAAUUGAUCAGUGUGCACCCCCAUGUCCCAAUAUGUACUUCAAAAAUUAUGAAUUGGAUGUGGCAAAAAGCUUCAUUGGAAUAGUUUCAAUCUUUUGUCUUUGUGCUACACUUUUCACGUUCCUAACUUUUCUGAUUGAUGUUAAAAGGUUUAGGUACCCAGAGAGACCAAUCAUAUAUUACUCUGUCUGUUACAGCAUAGUCUCUCUAAUGUACUUUAUUGGAUUUUUGCUUGGGAACAGAACUGCCUGUAAUGAGGCAGAUGAUAAGUUAGAAAUUGGUGAAACGGUUGUUCUUGGCUCCCAAAACAAAGCUUGUACUGUCCUUUUCAUGGUUUUGUACUUUUUCACUAUGGCAGGAACGAUAUGGUGGGUGAUUCUGACUAUCACCUGGUUCCUUGCAGCGGGAAGAAAAUGGAGCUGCGAAGCUAUUGCACAAAAGGCCAUGUGGUUCCAUGCAGUUGCCUGGGGGAUACCUGGUUUUCUAACCAUUAUGCUCCUUGCAAUGAACAAAGUCGAAGGGGACAAUAUCAGUGGAGUUUGUUUCGUGGGUCUCUAUGACCUGGACGCCUCUCUGUACUUUGUGCUUUUGCCGUUGUGCCUUUGUGUCUUUUUCGGUCUCUCUCUCCUUUUAGCUGGCAUUAUUUCUCUAAACCACGUGCGGCAGGUCAUUCAGCACGAUGGCAGGAACCAGGAGAAGCUCAAGAAAUUCAUGAUCCGAAUUGGAGUUUUUAGUGGUUUGUACUUGGUGCCACUUGUAGCACUUCUUGGGUGUUACGUUUAUGAGCUGGUGAACCGGAAAAUCUGGGAAACUACUUGGGUGUUUGACCACUGUGACCAGUACCAUAUUCCCUGCCCUUAUCAGGCAAAGGCAUUAGCAAGACCAGAAAUAUUUUUGUUUCUGAUGAAAUAUUUGCUAACAUUAAUUGUUGGCAUAUCUCCAGUGUUCUGGGUGGGAAGUAAAAAGACCUGUUCCGAAUGGGCCAAUUUCUUCAACAGAAAUCGCAAAAGAGAUUAUGUGCUUGUACUCUCUUUCAGUCCAAUCAGUGAGAGUCGAAGAGUGCUGCAAGAAUCAUGUGAAUUUUUCUUGAGGCAUAAUUCCAAAGUUAAGCAUAAAAAGAAGCACUACAAGUCAACUUCACACAGACUGAAAGUAAUUUCAAAGUCAAUGGGGACCAGUACAGGUGGCACAACAAAUCAUGGAACUUCUGCAGUAGCAAUCACUAAUCAUGAUUACUUAAGCCAAGAAACUGUGGCAGAAAUUAAAACCUCUCCAGAGACAUCUGAGAAAGAGAUAGAGGCCGAUGGAGCAUCAGCCCUAAGAGUCGAGGAAGGUGAAAACAGCGGAGAUCAAAUGUUACCCAGUGCUAAACUGACUGUGGAUCAGGUGGAAAGGAGAAACAAAGCAGAUAGCACAUGUCAUAUGAGUACUUUGGCUGAGAGUAUGAGGAGAGUAGGUGAAGGAAGAAUAACUCCUAAAAAUGAUUUUAGUGAAUCCCCUUCACUGCAAAGGAGCUGUUCCCAAAUACCUGAUGUCUCACAGUCACCUUCCCUAUCGCUGCUUGUCUACUCAGCUUCAGACACCAGAAGAGAGUUGGAUUCAGGAAACAGUUCUAACCUUUGAAAGAUUGAAAAUUUGUAUGAACAUUUUCAUUGUAUAAAACUGACAUAAGUUCUUUGUUACACUGGAAAUAAUGGAUAUUCUGUGCCUUAUUAAAAAAACACACAUAUCCUGCUUUGCACUUAAAAAAUGUAUGUUUUGUUGUGGGGACAGCUAGCAAUAAUGUACUGUAUUUAAUCCUGUCCAGGACUAAUGGAAACUGAAGUUCUGUAGGAUAUGGCAAUAAUGUAAGAAAAAGGAGAGGCAAAUAUUAUUCCUUAUAUAAAGAACACUUUGUAAUGAAUUGCAUUAAAAUAAUGCUUAGAAAGCACUGUUGCUUCUCCAGAUAUAAAAUUCCGUCUGCCUCUCUGAUAUUUUUCAAAACUUGUUAAAUUUUUCUCUUUUAUAUUAUCUCUUAACAGUAUCAAAUAAGUGAUGCACAGAUUUCUGAAUUAUGCAUCAUGCUGUAUCAAUUAUAGCCCUGGUUUAUGGUAGCUUGUACACUGAAUAUGAAAGGGAAUCUGAAAUUACAGCAGUUUGUUUUGUACAUAAAAAUGAAUUUUGUAAAUAAGUGUCUGCAUAAGGUAAAUCUUUAGAACUACUGUUUUGUAUGUAUUGUACAAACUUGGAAAAGUUCCUGUGCUUCCCUUAGGGUGUUGCUGAAGCCAGCAGUCCCCUGGUGCUCAGCCAGUGUGACACAGUUCUGAGAAAAGCAGGUUGGACCUUUAUCCAUAACAUGCACUGAUUUUUGGGGUGAGACGGGUCCUGCUACAGGCAUGAUGCAGAAGGUGCAGCACUGCUUCAGAAAAAUGUCUCUUGGAGCCUCUCCUGGCGUGCAGUUCCAGGGCAUGGUGCCAAAGGGAACGCCUCAGACUCCUGGGCUCGGUGGGCACAGCCUGACGUGCAGUCCUGAGCUCCAGUGACAGCUCAUCUUGCACUGUUCCUAUGCAAGUAACUUUGUUUCUUCUUAAAUGCUAUAAAGAAAUAUAUUGCAGAUAACUUCUGCAAAUAACUGUUGAGUUAUUAAUAUGCAGGCUUCUUUAACAAUCUGUUUACUGAGAGGACAGCCUUAAUAUUUUUCCUAUAAAGCCUAAUUUUCUCCAAAGCCUCAUUUUCUAUUUUGCUACAGCAAUAUAUUUUCUGUAAAUCAAAAAGGCCUUAAUACAUGUAGCCUUUUGUAUGCUAGGUGGUUCUCAAGAGCAAGUACUGCUGGUGUGGAUAACAAUUUCAUUGUCUGACUUCAUUUGAGUUAAGAUUUUUUUAAGAGCCAAUGGGAUUUAUUACUUGAGAUAAUUUUGAGACAGAUUUUGCUGUUUUCUAAACCUUAAUGUUGAUGCAUUUUGUAAGACUGUCCAGCAUUGUGUAUUUGACCACUAAAAAGAGUAUUUCUCAAUUUUAUGGUAUUAUGCAGAGAAUUUACUGUGAGUUGGGGUAGAAUUCAUGGUGAUGUGUUGAACAAUGAAAAUUGCAUGGUACAAAGGACAUGUAAAUGCUGGAACAGCAGGAACUACGGUUCUGAUAAACCAAAGUUACUUGUUUUAUCCAUCAUGGAUUAAAAAUGAAAUUUCUUUACCUUUAUAUUACACUAUCUGCAUUUUAGCAUUUGUAAUUUAUUGCCUGCAAUGGGAUAUGCUCUUUUAGAAUUUUCCCAUAAAAAUACACAGAAUUCUUGCUACUGAGUAGACAGUAAGAAAGAUAUGAAAAACCUCCUGUGAAAAGACACACUAAAUACCCUUCAUUUUUCUAGUUCUGUUUGUAACCAGGUAACUUUAUAUACAUGUUCAGUAGUUUUGUUGUAACUGUGUUUGUUAGUAAUAAAAUAUACUGUUGUAUAGUAAGAGCUUCUGAGUGGAUAUUUCUCAGUAACUAUGUUUGUUGCUCUACCUCUACCUACUUCUGUAGUUUUGCACCUAAAACACAAGUAUUUCUUAGUAGGGCUGUGUGUCUUAAUAAAUAUUGCAAUGUUUUUAUUCCUCC